GUCAUAUUAUUACUGUUUGUUGGCGCUUACUUUAUCAGAGAUGGUUUUCAGUCCAGAAGUUCAGCUAUUGUUGUUUUAAUUGAACUUGGUAGAGAACAUCAAGUUAUAGAUCUAAUUUUUAGAAGAGGAAACAACGAAUUAAUUAAAAACAACUAUGUUUGGGUUCGGAUAAGAAUAAUGAUGUAAAAGUAUGUGCUUAUACAUCUUCCUAACAAUAUUUUUAUUGAUCAUUACACACAUUAUAUGGAAAGUGAGAAAUCUACCUCCAGGUCCAUGGGGUUUACCCAUAGUCGGAUAUCUCCCAUGGUUAAAUCCCAAAGCACCACAUUUAACUUUAACGGAUUUAAGCAAGAAAUAUGGCUCCAUUUACAGUUUAUCUCUGGGCAACGUUACAACAGUUGUACUAACUGAUCCUAAACAGAUCAAAACGCUAUUCACGAAAGACGCCACCAUUGGGAGAGCCCCCCUUUACGUCACUCAUGGUAUUAUGCACGGAUAUGGAUUGAUAUGUGCCGAAGGCGCCUUAUGGAAGGAUCAGAGACGGUUUGUGCACAAUUGUUUAAGGAAUAUGGGUGGGUCGAAGACUGGACCUAGAAAGAAUAUGGAACAACUUAUCAUUAAACAUCUAAAUGAAUUUGUAAAAUACAUUAAAGGCUUAGACAGAAACCAACCAAUAGAUCCUCUGGAACCUUUACGUCAUUCUAUCGGGUCCUUUAUUAACGAAAUCGUAUUUGGCAGAUAUUGGGAUAAAGACGACGAAACAUGGGUAUGGCUUCAGCAUCUUCAAGAAGAGGGUGUUAAGCAUAUAGGCGUAGCUGGUCCUUUAAAUUUCUUACCAUUUUUAAGGUUUCUGCCGAUGUUUAAGCGAACGCUGUCUUUCUUAACCGAAGGCGUGGGUAAAACGCACCGCAUUUACCAAAAACUGAUCGACGAGGAAUACGCAUUGUUGAACAAAAGUAGAUCCGAGGACCUUGACACCAAUAACUACACCAACUUAAUGCAAGGUUUUCUUAUUGAGAGAGAAAAAAGACGAGACACGAACGAUGCUGGUCUGAGAUACUACACUGACGAACAACUUCAUUAUUUACUCGCCGAUAUGUUCGGGGCUGGACUAGACACUACUCUGACUACUUUAAGAUGGUUUUUACUAUAUAUGGCAAAAAAUGAAAACACACAAACUCAGUUCCGAAUAGAACUCAAUACUGUUUUAAAUGGUCGCUUUCCUUCUAUUGAUGAUAUAUCUUCUAUGCCAUUUGUUGAAGCUUGUAUUGCCGAAACUCAAAGAAUUCGGCCUGUAGUGCCUUUAGGUAUGCCGCAUGGUGCUUUGGAGGACAUUGAAAUUAACAACUACAUAAUUCCAAAAGGUUCAAUGAUUGUAGCACUACAGUGGGCAGUUCAUCAAAAUGAAGAACAGUAUCACGAUCCCGAAGUUUUUAAUCCCAAUAAUUUUAUAAACGAUGAAGGAAAGUUUUAUAAACCGGAUCAUUUUAUUCCUUUUCAGAAUGGUAAAAGAAUGUGCGUUGGAGAUGAAUUAGCAAGAAUGAUCCUGUUCUUUUCGUCUGCAAUAAUCUUGCAGUCGUUCAAGUUGAAAUUAGGUGAUAAAGAUAAUGUCAGUAUGGAGGGUGAGGCGGGAAUUACCUUAACACCAAAAUCGUAUAAGCUUUAUUUUUUAGAUUCGGAAAUGAACUAAUAUAAUUGUACCUUUUAAUUAUUUUAUUAAAAUAAAUUUUUGCAUUUUUGAUAAUA